AUGCCCGAUAUCAACACCGUUCCCGUCUCACCGCACCCUUUGAGCGGCUCUCGGCGCUCUUCCUCCCACCAGAUGCCGCCUCCUCCCGCCCCGGCGUCCUCCGAGUCGCCGUCUCUGAACAUCCUCCCAUCGAACCAGAAUACCGUCAACAACCCCAAUGCCUCGAACCCCUCCCUCCCGUCUCCGACCUUGGCCACCGCGUCGGUUGCUUCCCCCCAGCCCGCUCCCGAACCUAGCAUCUCCGGCCCGGGACCCGUCCGCCACCCACGACCCAUAACAGCCUCCGACCUCCAUAUGCAACUCGAGAAGGAACAAGAGGCAGUGGUCAACCGUCUGUCUCGCGAACUUUCGAUCCUCCGCGCCGCACAGAAUGCCUCGGUCGUCUCCAAUGCCUCAUCGGCAUCCGCCGCCGAACCCCCGACCGAUACACACCUCCUCUCCGGUGCCGCCUUCUCCACCCCGGCCGUGCCCUCCAACAGCUCCCGCCGACACCACCGCACCGGCUCCAACGUCAGCACGCGCAGCCAGACCGCCAUCGCGGGCUCGGCAGCGGCAUCCACGGCAUCAAUACCGAUUGCUCGACCACCGAACCCCGCCCGCCAGGACAGCAUCGCCUCACGCCACAGCCUGUCGUCCUCGCCCGCGCUGUCCCAGCAGCACCUGGAUCCCCACGCGGGCGGUAUGACGUAUUUCCAACAGCAGCGUGUACCGCACCAGCAGACGGGGAGCACCUCGGUCGCUGCCACACCCGGAGGAAGCGAGUCGCAGCUGUCGCCGGGUCUGAUGCCCGCCACGACGAGAUACGAGGAGACGGCGCUCCACCGGCAGGAGCUGGAGACCGCGAAGAGGGAGAACGAGGCGCUCAAGCAGCGUAUUCGCGAGUUGGAGAGCACUCUCCGGGAGAAGAAGGGCACAGCCACCCGCGACAGGAGCGAGAGCUUCAGCAGCGUUACCACCGGCGGAGGCGGCGGCGCUGGCGUGGGUCUGCCACCAGUCAGCGGGGCUGCUGUGGCUGCUCGGAGAGAGCGCCCUGGCGGCGAGAGGGAGCGUUCGUCGACUACGAUGAGCGUCGCUAGCAGCGUCGCUGUCGGUGUUCCGGAGGAGGAGGUCAAGGUUGGAGAGAGUGCUGCCAGCACGGGGCUGAACCCGUGA